UUGGAGCCGUACGGUACGCACCGUCGUCGAGCUGGAAUCGUUCUUUCGAGUUGUCGUGCCCUUCGCUGUGUUAUAGAAGGUGGUUCAGAUUCUGAGCGUGAGGAAGCUGAAGUCGCUGGGAGCCGUUCCCCCUUUCUUCGUCACGAGAGGUGACUACUGACGGUUGUGGAGAAUUAGAUUACCCGCGAAGAAAGUCAUUGCUGUGGUGCGGUCGAGACGAUCAGCGGACUGUGGCUUGCGAACGCUACGGCUGCUGUUACACAAUUUACCUUUUGACGCGACGGAACGCCUAUAGAAACGCGCUGGGUGUUGAGUCGUGCAUCCAUUUGCGUUGCGUAUUCUACGCGCGGUGGUGUUGUGAGAUUGAAUCUAAUUCAGAGAAAUUCACCGUUUUAUGUGGGUGGAAUAACAAUUGAAUGGUGUUUUUUUUGUGGUGUCUCGGUUGUCAAUUGUAUGAAUGAGCCCGGUGGCAAUUGUUUGAACGGCGGAGAGUAGUGACUGAAUUUGGGGAGCAGCCCAAGCCCCACUUUGGUAUUAAUCAUCAGAAACCCCUUCAUUCAGCUCAGCUUGCGACAGUAGUUAUCUAUAUGUUCUUGUGCUGCUGCAUGUAUCGUGGAAUGGUGUGAGUUGUUACUACAAGUGGGAGAAGCGAAGUUGAAAACAACUCUUUCGUACAAAUACCGCUGCACCUGUGUUGUUAUAUUAGCGUGUUCCAGCGGAUUAUUCACGUCCGAUUCGAAAUACCUGGUGGAACUUGAGCGACUGCAACUCUCGGAUAAUCUGGGUGGACACAAUUUUUCCGAUUUCCACUCCGACUUGAUUGUCCUCGAUUGCUUUUAUGUUAAAAUAUGGAAAUAUAAAGAGGUGCAUUAGUGAAUUAGCCUAGUGAGUGGUCAAGUGAUUAUAUCCUCAGAAAGGUGCGCAAAGUGGUAUUGGUUUUAAACGGCUUCAAUAAGCGGUGUAUGUGAGAAUAGAAAAAAACACAACGAAAACGUGAAGUCAAACAAGAGAUACAAAAAUACGAAACAAACAACAAGAGGGACAAACGGUCUCACACAUAUUGCGUACCUGUGCUUCGUCUACGUUCCAGCCAGCCAACACUUAAGCCGACUCGACCAGCCCGACCAGGUGUGCGACAUGGCGAGCGGCAGGGUGAAGAUGAAUUCUGCUUCAAUAACCAUACUUUGUUGGAUUACGAUAUUAGGUUUAGUCCAAUGUCAGAAAAUUCCAAGCCUGCAGAUAAUGCCAGCGGCUUCCGUGCAGCGCAAACCGGUGGGUAAUUCGCUGCUGCUGACCUGCCGACCGGACGUCCCCGAUAGUACACUGAUUUCCGAUCUGCGGUGGAGUGACAGUCGCAACAUGACGAUACCGCCCAAAGCAGCCGGUCAGUCUUCACCGCCAAUCUACACGGAGUCCAUCGCAGGAGGGCAAGCCCUGGCACUGCUGUUCAACUCGCUGCAAGAGUCUAUGGCCGGAGUUUACUAUUGUGCGGCAUCCUACUCCGUCACCGAACAACUGGCAGCGUCCGUUCUGGUCGAAACUUACGUUGCCAUCACGUGGAAGGAUGCUCCUGAGGAUCAGCGACCAAUCCUGGGUGAGGACUAUAUCGUCCGUUGUGAGGUAUAUGCCAACCCACCGGCCACCGUCGACUGGCUCCGGGAUGGCGAUCCGAUUAAAUCCAGUGGCCGGUACGUUAUUGAGAAUCGAGGAUUGUUGAUUCGGAAUGUGUCGGAGAACGACGAUGGUCUGUACACUUGCCGGGCUGCAGUGAUAUCAACUGGUGAAUUGGCAAAGAGAGUCAUUCGUGUUGAAGUUCAAAUCAAACCGGAAGUGCAACAACUGCCCCCUGUACUGAAUGCCGUCGAGGGACAAUCGUUUUCGUACAUGUGCAAUGCCACGGGCAAACCUGUACCUGAAUUUCAGUGGAUCAAGAAGAGCACACAGCAAAAUGUGGCUGAUAUCGAUAGGUUCACCGUAAAUGCGUUGACAGGACAAUUAGACAUCAGCCGAGUUACACAGGAGGAUCAUGACACGUACACAUGUGUGGCCAAAAAUGCGGCUGGGAUUUCGGAAUCUACCACGAAGCUGAACGUUCUGAUCCGUCCAAAGAUUAUUGAGUUUAUGAAUAUCACAGUACCUGAAAAUGGAGAGGCCGUGCUGGCAUGUAGAGCAUUCGGCAGACCUCCACCAGAAAUCACAUUCCGACGAUAUGGUACAACUGAGGAGUAUUCGGUAGGACUGCAAGUUAGCGACGAUCGCAUUGUUCUGGAUAUGCAGGUGAACAACGAGCGAAGCGAAACAACUGGAAACUUGAGAAUUUCACAGCUGAACAAGAGUGACGAUGGUUUGUACGAUUGCAUUGCCCGAAAUCCAGGAGAUGUAGCGUACAAAGUUGGUCACAUUACCGUUGAGUACAAACCGAACUUCGACCAUCUGAAGGCAUUGCCGCCGGUAUACACUUGGGAGCAGCGUCCUGCGAAUUUGAGUUGCUUUGCGCAAGCUAUUCCCAAUGCAACAAUUGAAUGGCGAUGGAACGACCGUCGUGUUUCAGAUUUGUACGACAUAAACAUGCAAAUUGAAACACAUGGUUUCCGCAGCGACCUGAUCAUCAUUCCCAGAGAGCAUCGCUACUACACAAGUUACAAGUGUGUUGCGACGAAUCGGCUCGGAACCGAAGAGCACAUUAUGGAGCUUCGUGAGGCUCGAAUUCCGGAGGCCGUUGCUCAAGCGAAGCCACGAAGCGUUAGCGCGACGUCAAUUACAUUCGAUGUAAUGCCACCGGCAUUCGAGAAAGGGCUCCCAAUUACCGCCAUGUCAGUGCAAUACAAGGAAGAAUUCAACCCGGACUGGAACAAUGCGAUAAACCGCACCUGGUCCCCGGACAGUCCCUACAUCGUAGAAGGGCUAAAACCGCAGACGUCCUACAGUUUCCGCUUUUCUGCCCGAAAUGUGGUGGGUCUUGGUCCAUGGUCCGCGUACGUGGUGCAUUCCACUCCAAAACGAUCCGAACCGGAAACGCCGAAAACGUUGCACACGCCCAUCCAGGAGGCGGACGAAGAAGACGACGCUAUUGUGGCGUCACCCUAUGCAGACCACUUUGAGCUGAGGUGGAACGUACCGGUGGACAACGGCGAGCCGAUCAAUAUGUACCGGGUGAAGUACUGUCCGGGUUCCAAAAUCAACGGGGUGUGGACUGAGCUGGAAGGUGCCUGCCUAGUCGAUGACAUCCCAACGGCGUCGCACUACGAGAUGCACGACCUGCAAGCGGACACCUACUACCGGAUAGAGCUGAUGGCGCACAAUGCCAUCGGCUUCUCGCGGCCCGCUCACCUGCUUCUGAAGACUGCCCGAGGAAAUUAUUACUACGGCAGUGGCAAUUCUAACGACGCCCCGUGGUCAUCCAUCAUGGCCGGAUUGAUGUUGAUAGCCACGUUUAAUUCAAUCCAUCAUCAUCGGCGAUCGUAAAAGUUAGUUUGCCCUCUGCUCCUUCCGGCACCGUCACCGGGGUGCCUGUUGUUGUUCCGUACCGGGACGCUGAGGGUGACCUCAAUCAUCACCACCCAGCAGGCGAGCAUUGUUGCACCGGAGAAAAACACACAGAAAUCAUAAAAGCAUACCAACAAUCGAGAGAACGACCGGGGGCAGAUCUGUACAGAAAACAGAAGAAAACGUGCUGUUUGUAAAGAUAUUUCAUUUCAUGUCCGUGCUAAAACUAGCAACUAAACUGUGUGUAUGUAAGUGACGUGACGCAAAUCUAAUAACAUAUAGUGCUAUGCACUGUGGUCGGAAAAAUGAAAAUUUUAAAGGGUGUUAUGUUUGAGAAAUGUUUUAUGCUGUAUGAAACAUUAAGGUACACAAAAUUGAUAAACAUUUCACAAAUUUGUUGUCAUAUAAACAUUAUUGUAUUUCUGUUUUGUUCUAAUAAAUAUGGAGACAUAUUUUUUGUUGCCAAGCUGAGAGAAAUAACAUUUUGAUGAAAAUGGUCCGCAUUUUAAAAUUAUUGCCAUUUAAAUCAAACAAAUUUAUGUACCUAUCUCAUACGGUGAAACAUAUUGAUUAGGAUCUUGAAUUAUGGAACAAUUAUUUCGAAUUUCUGUCGAUCGAAAUUAAUUUGACAAGAUGCAUAACCGGCUCAAAUUAAAGAGUCAAUAUCACUCAGGCCAAUUUGAGAAAACAUCAUAAAUUGUAGUCAAUCCUAGAAAAAAGAAAAUAGUUCCCUUAUACUCCAAGAUUGUAAAUGUAUCAUGUUUUCAAGCCAAAUAUACACUGCCAAAUGAAAAACAAAAAUGCAUAAUGUUUUGCAGCGUUUCAUAGAAUUCUUUCAAUAGACUACUUUAAUGACCUUCUGAACAUAAUAGCCUAACUCUUGUUAUUUCUACUGCGGAUAAAGUAUGACUAAUAAGCAAUGAAGAUCAGAUCUUCAAGUUCAACGGAAUCAUUCCUAACUUUGCCCGGGUGUAUAUUUUUGUAUGAAUUGUUACCCAAAGAAAUUACGCCCAAUAAAAUCCCACUUUCGACCACAGUUUGCUAGCACUGAACGAAAACGAAGUAAAACACACAAAUAACUGAAUCUAGACUUUUUAUCGUCACUUUCUGCCGGAGUGGGAAAAGCGACAGCAAAAAAACUAUCACGAAAGAAAUCAAUAACCGUUUUUUACGCCAAAAAAGUGUUCAGACUGAGUGGAGGGCAAGUCGAGCGGAGCGGCGAAAAGGCACCCUCUGGAGCAGCAGACACUCAUUUUCGCGACUGUAUUUUAGCAUCUUUAGCGUCGACAGUCAGUGUGACCACACACCGCACAGCCAAGUUCGCUGAACAACCGAAGGAAACAGGCGCGGCGACCCAACGGAAAAUCUACGACACAGUCAGUGCAGCGUAGAAAAGAAGAAAUCACUCGCGGGUAAACUAUGACCGUUAUAAUGUAAAUGAGGUGGAAAUGAAUCAAGGAUAAGAGACGGAAUGCAAAUUACAAGAAUAAUUAAUUUUCCCGCCCUUUCCCAGCUCCGAAUUCAAUUGGUCUAUAUUUGUAACUAUUUGCAACUAGCGGCGGCGGUAGUCGUCGAAUUUCGAAGUGCGGGAAUGCGUUGAAUUCAAUGGCUUUCCUUUGGACUCUCCUGUCCUGGUUUGUGAAAUGGUAAGGUAGAUGAAAAUGGGAAAAUUAAUGUACAUUGUUACGAUUGAGAAGCUCGCGACCGUAAAUUCAGUUCCACGACUAGCAAAAUAUACUUCCAGAGAUGAAUGCUAUCGACUGGCCGUUGUUGGUCACGUGAAAGGCAAAUUAUGCGCUCCGAUAAGAGACGUGAAUGUUUUCUGUUUGUUGAUGGAGGUUUCUCGUGGCGCCAUUGUAAUACGCUUAGUUUGAAAUGAAAGUUGUUUCGAAUUUCUCCCUAAUUGAAAUUUACUUGAACCUGGAAUUGAAAUAACAAAUAAGUAAAUUAUUGUACACUUUUUUUUGAAGCCCGUAAAGUCGGGUUUUCAUCAUAUUACUUAAGAAAUGUAAAGAGUAUCAUGGAAACGCGAAAAUAAAAAUAAUCGCUUGGAAUAUCAGAAGGAAUUCGCGCUAAAUUUUAGGGAAUGAAAAAAGCCUAAAAAAUCUAUGGAAAAUUAGAAGAAUUUCCAGCAGAGAUACAAAAAAAAUCCCGUGAAAAUUCCGAAAGAUCUACCGUUAAAAUUUCGAUGGAAUUCGCUUUGAAAUUAUAAAAAACCUACCGCGGAAAUUCCAAACAGUUUCGCAUGAAAACUUCAAACAAUUUCCCGUGGAAAAUCCAAAUAAUUUCCUAUCGAAUUUUCUUAUUUUUAUAGAAAUUCUAAUGGACUUCCUGUAGGUAGACCGAAGAAUUUCCCAUGGAAAUUCCAAAGAGCUACUCGAAGCAUUUCGUGUGGAGAUUCCAAAGAAAUUUCUAAAUAAUUCUAAAAAAAAUCCGGUGAAAUUUCCAAAGAAUUUCCCAUGGAAACUAGCCAGAAUUUUCAUGGAUGUUCAGAAGAAUUUCCCAAUGAAAUUCCAAAGAGUUUCUCGUAAAAAUUAGAAGAAUUGAAAUUUGAAACUUGAAAAUUCCAAUAAAUUUCUCGCGGAAUACCAAAGAAGUUUCCUUGUAAAUUCCAAAGUGUUUCCCGUGGAAUUUCCAAAAAAAAUCCAUGGAAAUUCUAAACAAUUUCCAAAGGAUAUUCAAGAGAUUCCCGUGGAAAUUUUGGAUAUUUUGUCAUUAAUAUUUCAAAAUAUUUUCUGUAGAAACUCCGGAAAAUUUCAUAAGAAUGUUCAUUCAAAUUGGAAAUUCUAAAGAAUUUCCCGUGGAAAUUUCAAAGAAUUUCCUGAGGAAUUUUCUAAGAAUUUCCAGUGAAACUUAAAAAAAACAGUGGAAAAUCCAAAAUUUCCCAUCUUAAUUCCAAAAAAAAACCAUAAAAAUUCUUAAUGGAGGCUCUAAAGAUUUCUCCUGGAAAUUCCGGUGAAAAUUCCGAAAAAACCGCGUGAAAAAUCCAAAGAAGUUCCCUUUGAAAUUUCGAAAAGAUUUCCCUUGGAAACUCCGAAUAAUUUUUUGUGGAAACUCCGAUGAAUUUUUCGUGGAAAUUAAAAAAAAUAAUCUGUGGGAAUUUUGAAGACUUUUUAAUGGAAAUCUCAAAUAUUUCGAUUUAGCGGAGAAAAUCAAUGGGAGGGACCAGAAUGAGUGAGAAUUACGAUCCCUGCUAGGCAUUAUUAUCUGUGGAAAUUCUUGAUAACUUUCUGAUAACUUUUUGUGCGAAGUUUCAAAAAAUUCUUACGAAUUCCGAGAUAUUUUCCGAGGAAAAUACCGUUAAGUUUUUCGAGGAAAUUUUGAAGGUUAGUUUGACAUUCAAUAUUUUCUAACUUCCUUAUGGGACGCUCCUUCACAGUGAUCAUCGGAAACCAAGUCUCAAGAACUUUCGCUUUGCAGGAGGAAGCUGUUUAGCCCAAGGUUCGGUACUGGCAGCUAUCCUAUGAUGUUUUUUAUUGCCAUGGACGGAGUUUUUCGUUUCCUACCUACCAAUAUCCACAUUUUCAUCUAUGCCAACGACAUUCUACUGGUCGUCGUCUUAGGCACCCCCGGACGACGCAGUUAAAGGCCCAAUCCGCCAUCAGUGCUGUUCUUCGGUGGGGUACCUCGGUACGCUUCAAAUUUGUUUGUGGCCAUGUUCGCCGAAGGAGAUACCAUCAGUUGUCCGGACCGAGUAUAAGGUCGGGGAAAUAUCAUAUCCCCAACCUUAAAAUUGUAAAAAAAAAUGUCUUUCCUCUUCGCUAUUCCUUUUUCCCUCUUUUUUUCCUUCUUCCUUAUUUCUUCUUUUUUCAUCCUUCAUCCUUCUUCCUUUUUCCUUCUUUCUUCUUCCAUUUUCCUUCAAAGCGGGCUUGGUAGUCAUAUGGCUACUGCUUCUGCCUCAUAUACGCAGGAGGUCGUGGGUUCAAUCCCAGGUCCGUUCCAUUCUCCUACUUUAUAUCUUUCUCUUUAUUUCUCAUGUUCUAGCAAUCCCUAGAACUGGAAAUGGACUUCCAUGCCGUUUCCAUUACUAUUCCUAUACCUUCAACUUGAGUAUUCUAACAGUAAUCUGCUAGAAUUGGAAAUGAACUUAUAGAGCUCGUUUCCUACAUCCAAUUAGAAAUUCCAUCAGUUACCUCCUCCUAUCUAUCACAUUGGCAGCUCGUUAACCAAGACGGACCUCUGCCUCUCCUACCUAACCCAGAUCUUCCAACAAAUUCCGUAUGAACUCGUGACAAGUGCAGAGGUAUAUUCGGCUUGCAGUGGGCGAGUGAUUGCAUCAUCACUUCCUCCCCCUUCCCUACAUUGACUAGCAUUCUGACGUGGCAGGCGCCAGUAUGACCUAACAAAUGAGAUCACCAGUACUUGUACAUUGAGAAUGUGAGCUAGUCUCAAGCAAACAUCUGUUGGUUCCCUGUGCAAGAACAGCUGAUCUGGUCAUAAUGAAGUAGCAACUACGAGCAGUCAAUCAAGCUCAAGCUGAAGCUCAAGAUUUCUUCUUCCAUUUUCCAUCUUUCUUUUUCCUCCUUUCUUCUUCCCUCUUCCUUAUUUUUUCUCCUUCCUUUUUUCUUCCUCCUUCCUUCUUCCUUCUCACUUUUCUUUCUUCCUCCUACUUUCUUCCUUUUUCUUCUUCCUUUUUCCGUCUAACUUCUUCUUCCUCAUGUCGCACUACUCACUUCUGAAUCCUCACUUUUCAUUCGGCCAGCAUCGUUUGCGGAUUAGAUAGGCUAUAAUCGAUAGCUCUACAGUUUAGAGCUUACAUGCCUGGUUCAUCGUUGCUGUUGCCUCACCGACACUUUGUUAUAAACCUUCAACCAGUGUUUCUGGGUUACUCCCGAGCACCUGGGUUAUCAGCCGAGUCUGCUUGUGCUGAGGCAGGCAUUUUGCUUUUCCGCCAUUGUCUAUUGGCGUUCAUCUGUCGCAAAGCCGCCUCUUUCACCGCAGCCACGUCCGGAGAUCAUAGGGACCCUCCGUUUUUUUUCAAGGAGACCGGAUCCUGCGCACGUCUCUCUCCAGCGGCACGAGUCCAUUAGCAAUGAGCGAGUAGUUGGCACCCCUUUCAGCCACUGUAGAUAGCUCCAUAGCCAGGGAUUAAAUCCAAAAUAGAAUGAAAAAAUCUCUCACUUAUCAUGUCUGCAUACAUUUACGAUAUAUAGCAUACCGUGAGAGACUUUUUUCGCAAGCUGUCAUGAUAAAGAACUGAUUCGGGAGGCUAUACCUCAUGAUAAAUUUAUUUUAAAAAGCUCCAAAAUCGGGGGCCCUCCUUAGCCGUGCGGUAAGACGCGCGGCUACAAAGCAAGACCAUGCUGAGGGUGGCUGGGUUCGAUUCCCGGUGCCGGUCUAGGCAAUUUUCGGAUUGGAAAUUGUCUCGACUUCCCUGGGCAUACAAGUAUCAUCGUGUUAGCCUCAUGAUAUACGAAUGCAGAAAUGGUAUCCUGGCUUAGAAACCUCGCAGUUAAUAACUGUGGAAGUGCUUAAUGAACACUAAGCUGCGAGGCGGCAAUGUCCCAGUGGGGGAUGUAAUGCCAACGAAGAGAAACGCGGGGAACACUAGUUCUGAUGAUGCGCUAUGAUGCGGUUCAACUUGUUCUAAACAGCUGUGCCAUCUCCAACACAAAAUAAACGAGAAUCAUCACUUCUCUGUCGGGGCUGCCUAUUCGAUUCUGUUUUUUCGCACUUGCAUACAAGUUUGAUAAAUUUGUUGUCAUGGCUUGUUAUGAUUCAGUUUUUGCCUUUCUUUAAUCGUUGUUCGUUAUCUAUUGAGAGCGAUUUCUGCAAACCCUGUCCAUAGCUCAAAGUUUUUUCAGGGGAAACAACACAGGGAACUCGGAAGACGAGUACAGGAAUCACGAGCAAAAGUUUAAGGAUGGGUUGAUUGCAAGCCGUGGAGUCGGAAUCGAGGUAUCCGAACUCAACUUAACGAUCACGGACAGCCGUCCAGAGCAAUGCAACAACUUUUUUUCUGAAACCAUGUGGUCAGGAGUUACCAUUGCUGCCACAUCGCCAAGAAAGUCGAUCUUAGUCCUUACCGACUCAGUCGUCGUCAUCACAAUAGAGAGUUCUCGCUAAUAAGCGCCAGUUAGCCGGUAUUUGGAAACAUCAAUGCCACUCUCCUUUGCAACAUACAUACUCUUGUCGGACACCAAGGCUUGGUUAUGGAAUCUAUCCGGGAGCACUGGUACUGUAGCUGUAGAUCGUCCUCUAUGUACGGCACCACUGUCUUCUGGAUUGAUCUCCCAGCAGAAAACUACCCGACUGCACAACUUUGGUGGGAACCCUUUCCUGAUAUUAUUUACAAAGAUUAAAUCACCGUCUUCGACCAGAGGUCGUACAGACUAAACAUUGGACCAGUGGAGAACGUCUCGCUUUACGAGAAGUUUUAACCUUAUCAGGGCGGAAAUAGAACCAACAUUCCACAGUACAUGCGUCUACAAUACGUCCAUAAUACGGUGGAAAAAUUACUGUGCCUGUGCCCUAAUUAUCUGAUUCCUACGGAAUUCCUACCAGUGUCAGGGACACACUCCCGAAUGAUACCCAGACUUGAAACACUCAUUUAUUUUCUUAACCUUUCUAGUGCAUUGAAAAAAGUGACAUUGGUGGGCCAAAAAUAACCCCAACUUCAAUUCACUCUCAAAAAUUCAUUUUCGAACAAAAUUUCAAUCCAUUGGAACCAAGUUGAAUUAUAUUCAGUUGGGUUUCGCGGAUGUCGUUAAGCACUGAUAUUUGCAGUUUGCUCAUUCUAGAUCCCAAGAUUCGGUUUCGAAGGAACAUAGAUUCUUGGGCCAAUUUUUGCGUCUCGAAGCCGAAGGGUAAUUUUGUAAAAGCUCACGGAGCUUUGCAGCAACAAUCCCAACAAAAUGUUGCCUUUGUCUAUUGCUAUGGAUCAUCACAUUUCCUGGUUAUUCGACGAUCCGGUAUUUCUCCGCAAGAUUCGGAGCAUCCGUAAAAGUGAACAAUUCAUGAAACACUUCAUAAAAUGAACACGAUGGGGAUUUUAUCCUUGUUUAACAAUAAUUGCCUUUUUGGGACCCCGGACUUACACAACCGGGCUAAGUCAGCUCCCCUUCUCAAUGACCGGGCAACCUUGGCUAGAUAAGUCUCAUCUUCAACUCUUAAAUUAUAUUUUUUUUCUACAGAGCCAGCUGAGGAGUCUCUGAACCUUUACAACGCAUUGCCAAACUCAGGACAUUAUUACAAAUUCCUCCUGCCGCUUUCUUGCAGUUCAACAAGAGCUCCUAAUAGCUGCUUUCGGAAUGUUUCGCACGAUCGGUGUUGAUGUAAAUUCAGCGUUCUAAAAACAUAUUUUUGUAUAUAAAAAAAAAAAAUAAGUAAACAACGCGAAAAACUUGAGAUGUGGAGAUUUACGCGUUUAUACGCUGCAGUGGCCCUCUUCCUACAGAGUUUGCUUGAAACGUGUAUGCAAUAAUCGCCAUUCACGCCAAAUGAUGCUUUCAUUAUAUUUCAUGUGGAAUCACGCUUAUAAUGGCGUUCCAUUAAUGUAAAUGGUUUUUAGCUCAUAUUUUAAUUGAUUUUUCUAUCUGUGUAAAGCAUCCUAAACACAAUUACCGCAGGCCUAUCUAUGUAGAUACAAUGCGGGUUUUCAACAUUUGUUCCCUGCUCUAACGGUUCCCUUCUUCAUCCACUGUUUUCCGAGAAAUACUUUGAAAUUGUAUCGCAGAGUCAAUCUGUAGGAUUUUCUCUUGAAAUUCUAUUAAAUUUCCAACUGAUCCUAUUUUUUAAAUUCUCAUUUGAUGUUUUUUCGAAUUCUCGCGAAGAAAUCUUUCCCGUACAUAAAGAUUUAUUUUUUAUUAGAAUCUAAAAAGGCUUCCUGGAGGACGUUGAGAACAAAUUUUCGUGAAAAUUUAAUACAAUUUCAUGGAUACUCAGAGGUAAUUCGCUUGAAUUUUCAAAAUACUUUCGAAUGAAAAUUUAAUAGAUUUCUCUGGUGAACAUUUUCCUAUGGGAAAUUCAGAAUAGCUUUCAGGCAAAAUAGAAAAUAAUUUCCAACAGACAUUCAGAAAUAGUUUAAUGAUAGCAAACAAGAAGAAUUUCUCAAGAGUUCUGUAGGAAAGUUUAGAAAAAUUGUUGUUGUUGCACUGGCCAGUUUCACCAUAAAAUUCCUAAAUGCUGCUCAGGGUUUUCUAAGUGUCCUAUGUAGAAUCUCAAGUGAUAAAAAUAAAACCUGGGCAGAUUUCAAACCUCAAAUUUCUUACUCACACCCAUACCGUCCAGUUCAUAUGAUGGUGUGGUUUUGUAGACGUUAGUUUAAAUCAAGUCACGGACCAAAUUUUUGGUUGAUUUUUCUGGCAAAAAUUAUCUUGCGAAAUGUCGAGAAGGACAAUUUUGGGGAGCAACUUUGCAUUAUCCGGCGUGUAUCACUCGUCUUUCUUUGCGGGAAAGAACAAUGGUGAUACAGUAUUUUGAUUAUGCUUGUCUUGAAAAGUCUCGCAAUUUAGAUUUUCUUUGGAAUAUAAACACAUUCUCAUUGAGAGCCUAGAAUUCUCAUUAGUUGGAGCUCUAAAAAUUCAAACAUGAAUAAUAGAAGCGCAAGAACUGCUUUAAGUUUUCCUCUUUUUUCAAUCCUCGUGUUCUGUUUCUGAUAUGUUCGGACAUCGCAUCAUGCUUCGGGGAACCCCAGAUAUAUAUUUUUUAAAUUCCAUGAUUAUUUUUAUUUAAACAAUCUUUGAUUCUCUUAGAAAUCUAGACCAAUACCAAAUUCCAAUGUUGUUUAUAGAAGCGGUUUUGAAGAAAGUUCUCUUGUAAAAUAUUACUGAAUAAGCGUACACGGUCUUAUUUUAAAUUGAACAUAUGGAAACAUUUUGAAACAAAUACCUAAAUCAAUAAAAUUUCAAUCCACAUAAUUUAGAACAUGCUUUUGUGUAUAAUACAAUAUGGCGCCAUAGAAAUUCCUCCCAUUUAUCAACCAUGUUAUAAAGAAGAUGCCAUUUAAGUAUUGAAAAAAAAUCUUUACUAGCGAUAUUGUUACCAUUCACUGAUUCAGUAUUCCGUUAUCAUAAGUCUAUGAAUUGUUAAGCGACGAACCUUGGCAACCUAUCGAAUUUAAAGCAGUCUGAUGUAUUUUCCUCCCGUGAAACGUUACGCAGUACCAUCUUAGGUAGGUAGAACCAUCGAUAGCAUUUAUAUCAAUUGUUUCAACUGUAAGAUAACUAAACUAGUGCAAAGGAUUAGAGACAUUAACGAAUCUUGGUGGCGGUUUUAAAGCAUUUUAUUGAAUGUUGAUGGGGUAAAUAAUCAUAACGUUAGGGAUGAAAGAUGCUACAUGUAGUUACUAGUUAAUUCAAUUACCAGAUAACCAGCGACCAUAGAGAAUUCCGAAAUAAAUACUAACACCGAAGGUGAGAACUUUACUAAGACUGUAACUUGAAUAGAUUUUUUUCUACGUUCAAACGAAAUCGGCUGGAAAUCACACCACCUUAGAGAAAAGUAUUCCAACAGUAUAUCAAAGAUUGUGAACAAAAAGUUAGUAGCUAUCCGUAAGAAAAUCAGAACCAAACGCAGUAGUUCUUAAUCAAAAUCGACACAAAAAUGAAGAGAUUGAUCGCGACCGAUAGAAAAACGUCGAUGGAACCAACCGCAAAAAUUUCACAAACGAAAUUGACUUCCAUUGUAAAUAUGAUCGCAUUCUGCUGAAACAAAAAAAAUACAGAACCCAUGUAAAUAUUGCACUUCUGACUGUUACCAUAUCGAAAGCAUCCCCCUCUAUUAUCCAGAGGCCAUGGAUAGGUGCAACAAUCGA